GAUGAACAGAGGGAAAGGGAGAGAGGGAGACACAUAAACAGAGAGAGAGAGAGAAAGGUUAUACAGUGAAAAGGAUAACACCAGUGAGAGGAGUAAAGAAAUAACGGAGUUAGACGAGUAGGAGGGAAACGGCAAAGGACAGAGGAAAAGGUCCACAGAAAGGGAAGUAGUCGUGAAAGGAGACAGAGAGACACUGAGAGACACGGGGAGAGGACAGGAAGCAGCUAUCCCUCCAUCUCCUCCACGGCGUUGUAGGCGUCUAUGGGUCUGUCAGUCAAUCACAGACGACAGGCGGACACGCUCGCUCGCCGGCUCUCUGCCCCUCGCACGUGCUCACGCUGAUGAUUCUGCUGUGUGUGUGUCCACAGAUGGCAAACCUUGUGACAUCGCUGUGCUGCGUAGUCCUGGCCGCGGUGGUGGUGGCGUACGCGCAGAGACGCAGUCAGCUUGUUGCUAGGAACCAGUAUGAGCGAAUGGGCAGUGAUGUAACCAUGCAGUGCGGCUCCCUGGACAAUGACGCAUCGGUGUCAUGGAAGGUGAACGGGACAGACGUGAAAGCCCAGCACCGUCUGGAGGGUCCCAGACUGAUGCUGACCGAAGUGGACCUGGGCCACAACGGACUCUACAGCUGCUUUCAGAACCCGCACGGAGAGAGACGUGACACCAUCUACCUCCACAUCGGCAUUCCUCCUCGGGAGCCCACAGUCACCUGUCGAUCCAACACCUACCCUAAAGGCUUCUACUGCAGCUGGCACCAACUGCACCCGACGUACAUCCCCACCACCUUUGAAGUGGACGUACAACACAACCAGCGUUCACUGGAGGUGCAGAAAGAUCCAGACCACAAGAAUCGCUGUCGUGUACGUUUCCCCGAGGUCUUCUCCAGCUUCCCCUACAAAGUGAAUGUGACGGCAGUCAAUGCUUUGGGGAAAGCCUCUGCCACAACUUCUUUUGAAGAGUCCAGUAUAGUUAAACCAGACCCCCCGGAGCGCGUGACAGCGACCCCGAUCCGUUUCAACGCCCGGAGGCUGGAGGUGUCCUGGCACAGCCCCGCCACCUGGCCUGACAUCGACAACUUCCCUCUGAAAUACUUCCUUCGAUACCGGCCACUCAUCAAAGAGCAGUGGCAGCAUGUGGAGCUAUCUGACAGCACCUCCCACACCAUCACCGAUGCCUAUGCUGGGAAGGAAUACAUCAUCCAGGUGGCUGCCAAGGACACAGAGAUUGGAACCUGGAGUGACUGGAGUGUUGCCGUCCAUGCUACACCCUGGAUUGAAGAGCAAAUUACUUCCACAACCGAAGUGGACUUUCCUACCGAGACUAAGACCUCCCCCAUACCGUCCUCCAACGCACCACAAAAGGCUGAACCUCCAGUGGGCAGAGCUGCAAGACUCCUCACAUUUGUCUCCCCUUUGCUGUUAGGAAUGCUGCUGCUUUUCAUGUGAUGUAAAUGUCAUAUUGCUGAAGAGAGUAGGAGGAAGAAGAAGAGGAGGAGGAGGCUGGUCUUUUUUUCUAUUUUGCACAUGUUUCCAGGAUACAGUGCAUUGAUCAUUUCUGUCCAUCACUCAGUUACUCACCGAGAUUACUUAGACAUGAAACUAGACGAUGAUAAUGCCAUUCAGCAUUUUUGAUAAAUGGAGACAAAGAAAUUCUUCAGAGGAGCUUUUGAAAGCGGCUCCAUCAUCAACAACAACAACAACAACAACAACAGCACCAACAGGAGCAGCACCAACCACCACCACAACAACAACUACAGCAGUGAUAUCAGCAUAAACAGUCUUAUAUUACCCCCUUGUGGCUUUGGUUGGCCACAGCAGACUUUGUUUGGCAGACAACAGUUUGGUUUGGGAAUCUCCUCUUCAGAUCAAGAAAAUCGACUCUUCAGAUGAAAACAAAAAAAAAUCUCCCCAUUACCUUUUUGUCCUUUUUAUUUUAUUGAUUAUGAAUUAAUUUUCACUUUCUUCUGAAAUUGCAGCACCGUACGGACGAACACACACAUAUAUAGUGUGUUUGUGUGUAUAGUAACCGUAGCAGUCCCCAUACAGCUAAAUCAUCAUGCCAAAGACUCAACUCACCCCCCAAAACAAAAUGGUUCCCAAACAAUUCACUGAGCUUCCUGAAGCCCGUGUCUGCCUUCGUCGUGGGUUGAAAACUCCAGAAAGUUAUAUAUAUAUAUAUAUAUAUAUGUGUGUGUGUGUGUGUGUAUGUGUGUGUACGCACAACACCAAAUUGAUGCCAACUCAAACAGUACAAAAAUUUAACUUGGGACGAGUCCGAGGGAACCUGAAGCUCCCAUUUGUGUAAACCUGCCAUUUAUCAAAGAAGCCAGACAAAUACUCAAUCAGACUCUGAAUCUGCCAACGACUGAAUCAAACUGACGGAGCGAGUUGUUUUGUUCGAUACGAGGACUAACGCUGAAGAAUUCAGUCACGGUAGUCUGGUUUAUUUACACGAUUAGCUUUACUCUCUGCUUUCAACGACUGGCAAAGAGGACCUGGAUUGUAAAAUAAAUACAUCAGUGGAUUUGAGACUGAACAGUUCUUUGCCCGCCCGUUUGUUUUGGCUCGACGACGACAAAGUUGGUUAUUGAAACAUCGAAACGAUCGAUGUUGGUUUUCAGUUCUGCUCUGUGAUUUAAAAUAAAAUAACAGAACAGUUUGCUUCCCAAAUUCUGACGCCUUUACAAACAUAGAAAAAAUGUCUUUUUGCAGUUUACAUUUCAAUAGCCAAUAUCACCAGUUAAUAUUAUGUUAUUCAAAGGAAUAUUGAUGUGUUUUAUUGUAUUUUUUUAUCUUAUGGACAAAUAAUACAAACACACAUAUAGGAUUUUAGUUUUUUUCUUUCGGACAUUAAUAAUGGCUUAAUUCUCCUUGCUCAUAUUUUGUAAACUAUGAUAUGUAACUUUAACAUUGAACAAAAAGUUUAUUAUUUAAUAAUAAUAAUAAUGUAUGUAUUAGCAGUAGAAUGUCGUAACCUGUACCUGGGGUCUUUUUUAUAGAUGUAUAUACAAUGACAGGUUUCAACCAUUAAAUGUGACCAUUUCACAAUGAAUGAUGACA